UUGUAUAGAUGACACCGAAUAAAGCUUAGAGUGAUAUUCCACCUUCGGCUUUACGAUAUUAUAUUAUUGCCUUAAAAUGCAAGGUACAUGGGUACAUCCUGUGAAUGCCAACCGGUGGCUGUGUCAAUGCGGACCUCAGGCAGAGUCCUUCUUUGCGCUAUAAUAGAAUUAUCUUACUAUAAAUCAUAUUAUUCCUGUAGGGACUUUUGAAUUACAUACUCAUUUGGGCAGUCAUCUUUAUCUAUUUUAUUAAAUUAUCAUAAUUGUGUACAAUGUGCUGAGAUAUGAUAAGACUGAUACGUGUUUUAUGUUAAAUGGAAAUGGGAAAUCUCUCGCCGGUAGGCUACACGAGAGAUCUUUGCGGUAUAAUAAAAGUGGUUCAGGUGCGUCACUUUUUUUUACUGCAUAAAAAACGGCGAAGUGCGCCUUUUUUUGGAAGUCAUUUUAGUCAGAAAAGAAGAAGAAGAAAGCUCAGUAGUCGUUUGUGUCGAAGUGACUGGGUCAAGGUAGAACUGUGUUUUAACCUUGUUGAAGGACAGCUGUAUUUACUGACGUAUGUAAAUGAACAUAGGGGAGGUCCUUGGGCAAAAAACACACACUGAAUCAGUUUCACAUUGCAGCUCCGGAGUUCCUGCGUGGAAGGAAAAAACGAGACGUGGCGAAAUCUGCUCAGCAAACCAUGCAGGAUGAUUUACUGAUGGACAAAAACAAAGCCCAGCCUCACCAUCAGCAAGAUCCGACGCAAGUAGACCCUCCUCCCUCCACCCCGACCCCGUCAUCGGAGCCCACUUCUUCUUCAUCGGAGUCGGAGAGCCCGUCGACCGGGAGCAACCAAGCGGCUUCAGCGCUGAACGUCAGCAGCAAGGACAAAGUGCCGAUGGAGUCGCCGAUCCUGCCCGGGUUGAGCUUCCACCACCAGCCGCAGGAGACCGGCGGCCCCCUUUCCUCCCCUUCCUCCUCGUUUGGGAGCACUUGGUCCACGGGAACCACAAACGCCGUGGACGAUAGCUUUUUCCAGGGAAUACCCUCGGUGAACGGGACGAUGCUUUUCCAAAACUUCCCCCACCACGUCAACCCGGUCUUCGGGGGUAAUUUCUCUCCGCAGAUCGGCCUGGCUCCCCAGUCCCAGCAGCAUCAACAGCAAGCCCAGCAGCAGCAGCAGCAGCAACAACCCCAGCAGAGGAGAUCCCCUGUCAGCCCCAGCCAAGGCCCCUUCCCCCAGAGAAACGCUUAUCAGACCAUCAUGAAUAACAGCAAGGGGUCGUCUUCUUCUGCCUCAUCGUCCGCUUGGAAUAAUCACCAAAACGCCGCUUGGAGCACAGCCUCCAACCCCUGGAGCGGACUGCAGGCAGGCAGGGACCCGCGGAGAGCGGUGGGCGUCGGGGUAGGGGUCGGGGUCGGAGUCGGAGUCGGGGUCCCGUCACCCCUGAACCCUAUCUCCCCCAUGAAAAAGCCCUAUACCAGCAAUGUUAUAGCACCCCCCAAAUUCCCAAGACCUGGUCCCCUCACCCCCAAGCCGUGGAUGGAGGACAGCGCCUUCAGGACUGACAACAGCAACAACAUACUGCCUUUCCAGGACCGGAAUCGGCCCUUUGAUGCAUUUAGCUUGCACUCUUUGGAGAAUUCCUUAAUGGAUAUGAUAAGGACUGACCAUGACAAAGGUAAACCACACCCUGCCGGUGGCCCACCAAUGACUAUCGCUGAUAUUAUAUGGAGGAAUCAUUUUGCAGGACGUAUGGGCCUCAACUUUCAUCAUCCGGGAGCAGACCACAUAAUGCCAUUGAAUAGUCGUUCCUGUCUUUUUCCCUUUGAAGAUGGUUUCCUCGACGACGGCCACGGUGACCCCUCCUUGACCCCAGGCCUGAACUCGCCAACCCGCUGUCAGAACGGAGAGAGGAUGGAGCGCUACUCCAGGAAAGUCUUCGUCGGAGGCCUUCCUCCUGACAUAGAUGAAGAUGAAAUCACCAACAGUUUCCGUCGCUAUGGGCACCUGGUGGUAGACUGGCCCCACAAAGCUGAGAGCAAAUCCUACUUCCCACCUAAAGGCUAUGCCUUCCUGCUGUUCCAGGAAGAGAGCUCCGUUCAGGCUCUGAUUGACGCCUGCAUCGAGGAGGAUGGCAAGCUCUACCUGUGUGUAUCCAGUCCUACCAUCAAAGACAAACCGGUCCAGAUCCGUCCCUGGAACCUGAGCGACAGUGACUUUGUCAUGGAUGGCUCCCAGCCUCUGGAUCCCCGCAAGACCAUCUUUGUAGGGGGAGUGCCGCGGCCCCUGCGUGCAGUGGAGCUGGCUAUGAUCAUGGACCGGCUGUACGGAGGUGUUUGCUACGCCGGCAUUGACACCGACCCAGAGCUCAAAUACCCAAAGGGAGCCGGCCGCGUGGCCUUCUCCAAUCAGCAGAGCUACAUCGCUGCCAUCAGCGCUCGCUUCGUUCAGCUGCAGCACAAUGACAUCGACAAAAGGGUGGAAGUGAAGCCGUACGUCCUGGACGACCAGAUGUGCGAUGAGUGCCAGGGAGCACGCUGUGGGGGGAAGUUCGCCCCCUUCUUCUGUGCCAACGUCACCUGCCUGCAGUACUACUGUGAGUACUGCUGGGCUAGCAUCCACUCGCGAGCCGGCCGAGAGUUUCACAAGCCACUGGUGAAGGAAGGGGGCGACCGCCCUCGACACGUGUCCUUCCGCUGGAGCUGAGGGGGGUCACGAGUCAGCCCUGCCCCGGUGAACCCACACCUGACCCCCCCCCUAAAAACCUUCCGCACCCCUGCUCUCCUACCUACAGCCCGGGACAGCGCUGCGACCCCUCCCCUCCCCCUCUCCACAGCCCUGCCUACUCCACCCUGCUCCCCACAAACACCUCAUGGAAAAAAAAGCAAAAAGGAUACCAUCAAACACACGGGACUUUCUUCAUUACCACAUGGCUCUGAACUCAUUGUCUAGUGUUCCCCUCUGGUGAAGCAUUGUGGGGAAAUGAAAUGCGAAAGUCUAUCAGCUUAGAAUUUGCACUUUGGCACAAAAUCUCACUAAACACAUACACACACACACACACACAGGAUGGUAUGUUAGACACCUGGCUACUUUCAGUUCCCCGCUCUGUUGACUGGGUGGUGUGGUACGUCCUGUUGGACGCCCCCUUACUGAGACAGAGGUGGGACCAUACAUAUAUUUUAAAAAAGUAUAUAUUUUUUGUUUUGUACCUAUCUAUACAUAUAUAGAUAAUUUAAAUUUUAUGUAAAAGGAGCAUGCACUUAUUUUCAAAAGCUGUAGUUAUAUUGCCCCUAGUAAAAAAUAAUAAUUACCAAAGGCAAAUGAAAUUAAUGCAUAGAGAAAAGCAAAAUAGGUGGCAUAAGAUGUAGCAAGAUUUAACAACUAUCCCGUAGUGUGGGCUUCUGUCGCCCGGAGAAAAAAACAUAACACGGCUAUAUUCGUUCUCAAUUUUGACUCUGAAAAUAUUAAUACCUCAUUAUGCGCAAUCAGAUUAGUUUGCUUUCGAUUUCUAGGUCUUUAUUUUUAUAAUAACAUUAUUUUUUAGUGUUAUGUAAAUGUAAUGCUGCAAUAGCUUUGCUGCUAAAUCCAUGGUAUAAACAGAUACCAUAUGUACUUUAUUCAGGCUAGGGUGUAAAAUAAUGAAUAACAGAUCUAGAGAAGCACCUGGUGUUUUAGGACGAUGAGCUAUCAUAGGGGGACGGGGCGCCCCUAGACAACGAUGGCUACCUUUGUGGGGGUCGGGGUGGGUCGCCCCUAACUGCAUGUUUAUUUCAAUCAGGUUGCUGCAUGCAAUACACUUUUUCAGUAUCAUGUCUACUAUUCGAUUCUGCCCAUGUUUGCACAAUACACUAUAGACGUACGUUCGACUCGCACGAAACUGGACAGAAACAGGGAAGACUGGUCAAAGGAAUCAUGGCGGCUGUGCGGCGCCGGUCAGGCUGACGGGCCUCGCCACAGGGCGGCCGGAAAAGAUGGUUCCUGCACAAACAGGCGGUGAACACAUCCAGACAACGGGGGGGAAAAAAACAACAACAACAAAAAAAACAAUCUUAAUAAUCACAAAUCAAAUUAAAUGUAGGAUUACCAUUUAAAACUGUCUAUGAUAGGUGAAGUACUUUUUUGCAGUGAUUGUUGAUAUAAUUGUGCAAUUUUUUAUACCGUAUGUAGUUAGGUCUGAGUAUGCCUAGAACUGUGAUUCGCUUUAACUGUCGUCAAUGUCCGACAUAGAAGUCCUGUGAAACUUCAUAACUAGUGUAUGCACACGUAUAUUUGUUCUCUUGUAACACACACUUGCACCAGUACACACACAGAAGCCUCUCGACACACAUGAAAACAUACAGACACACACACAGACGGCUGUCUUUCGUACGCACACAAACAGGCCUACAAACACCGAGUCUGAUCCGAAGAGAAGACGCAACAAUGUGAGCUUAAACUGAGAACUGAGGUCUCUUUUUUUCUUCUUCUUUUUGUUUGAUUGUUUGUUUAUUUGUUUGUUCCACCGUUGACAAAAGCGCACGUUUACGUCCCAGAAUGCAACCAAAGAGCUCACAUGUUCGACUUUUAACAGACCGCCUGACACGCAGAGCGAACAGCCACCCGCCGAGGAGGCUGCCCUGCUCGCACGGCCUCCCGCAGAGGAGCUGAAGGUGCAGUGGUGCAGUCGAUUAGAUGAGGAAAGAGGGCAGUUGCGAAAAAGAACCUGGGGGGAGGGGGGCGGCGGGGUGGGUGAGGGUGGGGGUCUAAAAUGAAACUUUGAAGCUACUGGAGACUUGAGGUUGAUAAACUGAGCUUUGCACAUGCUCUCACUACAUGACUGGGGCCGGGAGUGGGCGGGGGGUGGGGGUUGGGGGGGGGGGGUAACAUUGCCAGAAUGUGCAGAUGUGCAGGCUGGGGGUUACCAUAUUUAUCCAGAUGUUUUGUUUUGUUUCCUGCAAAGCUUGAAGUAAUGGACCUGCUUAAAAAAUGGUGGACAUUUAUAUAUUUUUCUGUUUUCAGCAAAAGGUUAUGGGGUGCAGUUCAAACAGGAUUUGGGGGGGGGUCGGGUAUUGGAUGAAUAAAAACUUAAGCAUUGGUUGCUGAGGACAGGGCGGCUCUGGCCUGGGUGUGGGUGUGGGUGGGGUGGGUGGGGCAAGUUACACUGGUUUUAGCAGUUUUGUGGACAAUCUGAAUGGGAUCUACAUCAUUGCAAGUUAAUCUGUGUUGUACCCCCCCCCCCCCCCCAUGUUUUUUUUUUUUUUUUUUUUUUUUUUGGUCCGUGAGUUGUGAUUGUCCCGUGCUGGCGCCCCGCAGUCCCUCUCCCCUUUCUCGUUUUAGUCGCAAACUGUUCUUUGCUUUAGGAUAGAUGUUUUUGUUUGUUUGUUGUCCAAGGAAAAAAAAAAGAAAAACUAAUUGAGACUAAGCAGAAGAUACUUUUUUUACUGAUAGAAAAAAAAAAGACUUUAAAAUAAGAGGCUAACCAUGAGUAAUAAUACGUAUCCCUAUGAAAGUGAAUUCUGGGUGUUUUUGUGACAUUUCUUUCCCCACCCAGACAGGUUUUCUAUGUUUGUUCCUUCUCUAUGAUAGAUAUUUGUUAUGCACUACUCUUUGUAUCUGAACAGUUUUCGACAGUCAGCAGUUCUUUUUGUUAAAAGACAAAAAAAAGACGAUAAAGCGUGCUUUCUGACUGACAAGAUCUUUUGCAAUACCUCAAUUUUGAAAUAUAUUAGGAGAGAAACUGAUAUUUUCUAAGUAAGUUUAUUCAGAUGAAAAAAUAUAUAUUAAUUUAAUUCUUCAAGAGAAAUGAUUUAACAGAUGGUUGAUUUUUCUUUUUUUUAUUUUUAUCAUGCUUAUUUGCUUUUAUUUUAAGAAUUUAUUUUUUUUGAAAAAGACAACAACUGAAGGAGCUAGAGCUUUAUAACUAAUAUAAUGAUGUAGUUAGUGAGAGUACAGUCUACUUUAUUACAGCGGAGGUGAGGGUGAGUGUCCCAUUGGUCAAAUUGGACGAAACAGAGAAGAGCUCUUUAGAAAAAAACAAAAAACAAAUAUCAGGUGCUCAGAGAGAAAACUGAACAUGUUUCCCACACGUUUUUUGUAUAUUUAUAAUCAAUCAUUUACUAUGCUGACCAGAGUUGUGAAAGAGAUCUUCUGUUCAUUAUUUUUUUAAGAGAAGUUUUUUAUGUUUCCUAAAAGUAUGUGCUCCCUUUUGUUUUGUAAAAAAAAAAAGAAAAAAAAAGCAACGUGACCCUGAGUUGUUGGCCUGACUUUGUUGGGAGGAAAACAGAAAGAGACUUGUGAGAGUCGCUGAACAGCUGGAGGUAGAGAGAAAAGAAUGUUAUUUUUAACACAAAACAGACACAAGUGUUUUCACCUGUAACUUGAUCGAAAGCCCCCAAGGUGCAUCAAUUGACUGGUGGCCUUCUAUUCACGCAAGACUUGAAUUAGUCCCAUUUUUUAAGGCUAAGAACCUUGACUCUUUGUUGUAAUGUGCAAUACUGUUUGUACUGUUUGUAGAAAAGAAGAAAACAAGAAAAAGAGGCAUAAAUCUUUAUUGCAGAAUUAUUUUCAUUGCAAGCAUUGUGAUUCACUAAAAUCAUUUUCUACUGUGUAUUUACCUACUCUACCUGCUAGUACCUUCCAGUAGUAAUGUAGCCUUUGUACUGAGAAAUUUUCAUUAUUUUUAGAAAGUUUUGCUAAAAAAGAAAAGAAUUUAAACAUAUUUACAUAUUUUCAUUUUUUUUUGUUUCAUAUUUUUUCUUUACAGACUUAUUUCUCAACCAUUAAUAGUUAUUUCUGGGGGAGACUUUCAUAUCUGGUCAAUGUCAUUAAUAUUAUUUUGUAUUUUUACUUGGAAUAAAUUAAUUUUAUGAUGCUAAUUCCUUAAAAGUUUAUUUUUUUCGUUUGUUCACUUUUUCUUUUUUUUUUUUUGAAGCUGAAAAAAACAACUUUGUAAUAUUGUUACUAAAGUGUCUCAAUUCUUGAAAUGCUAAGCUUUAUGUGUUAACUCGCUGAUGUUUGCUUACAUUAGUGUGACAAUGAUCUACAGAGAAAAAAAAAAGAAAAAAUUACUACUCACAAACAACAGGCUGGUGGUUGGUGAUGUUUAAGUGAUUCGCGAUGUAAACAAAUGAAUGGGCAAUAAAAUAAAAAUGGCAGAA